AAGAUUCUGUGCGGAAAGAGAACUCUCAUGGGAUUUAAGGCACCAUCACUAACUUUGCUUUUUGUUAUGUAGACAACACUUUUUUUGUUAAUUUCUCUUUCUGCACAGACUAGCAAACGAACGGACCAGUGAGAUCUCCAAAUAUUGGCGCCAUACUGAUUAUCAUUAUGGUAAUGCCUAGUUAUGUUCGACAAAUGUAAAUAAAGCCUACUAGAUUUUGCAAAGUUUAAAAACGGCGUUUGAAGAAUAUUUUUUAAAAGGAUGGAAAAUACGGAAAAUAACAUGGCGUUAUAUGAAAACGACCUGGAAUGUGAUGAUCAGGAAUAUAAGCACGAUUUCAUAACUAUACCGUGGGAUGACCGGUCUCGUAAGAGCAAAAUCAGUGUUGCACUGUUGCUGGCGAGUAUAUUAAUCGCUACAUUGGCCAUAGUAGCUAAUAACUUCAUCGUUCAUUAUAAAAACUUUGAUUCGAAAGCUUUAAGCGCGGAAACAAAUAUUAAUUGCAAUUUGGUUAAAGUAGAUACAUAUCAAUACGUUGCAAGGAUUCGUUCUGUCGUUAAUUUAGAACUUAUUUGCGUUGGAGCGGUUCUGUCACAGUCAUCAGUAUUGGCCAAUGAAUUAUGUUUAAGGUCGGGUCCGAUUCGGCUACAUUUGGGAAGUCCUACUGAUCCUCAAUGUAAAAAAGGUUUUCCCGUGGAUGUUUUCGAAGUGAUACCACACGACGGCGUCAUUACGAAGGCCCUAGUACUCUUAUCGAGCUUUGAAGAUCUGUCCCGAUGCGCUACUUACAUUAAAAUCGGAAAAAAUAUCAAUUUUAAAAAUAAAGCCCUAAUAAUAGGACGGCCAUUUCGUGGCGGGCGAUCGUUGUCACUUCAACUUGUGACAGUUGACAAUAUAGACAAUUCCACAGAUGUCGGCAAUUUCAAAUACGAUAGUGUGAUCUGUGUUAAGGACUUGGAUAAGUGUCCCGUGAGAGCUGGAGAUCUAUUAGUUCAAGAGGGAUUACUGUAUGGACUUGCGUCUACCAGUGUGAACGACAGAGGGCUAAAGCAAGCAGUGUGCUUUGCAAAUCUCACUCUAGUUUAUAAGGAAUUAAAAUUGCUUGAUGCGACAAUUGGAUAGAAUCAAUGGUGCAUUUACACAGAUUUUACAAUACUAUUAUUUCAUGUUUGUAUACGUUCUUACGAUAUUAUCAUUGACUACUGUAUUAUAGGUACAUAAUAAUUCGUUAUUAAAUUAUAAUAAUGUAUAUGAUAGGCUAUACAUACAUCAUAUGUUUUAAUUACAAUUUCCUAGUAAUUCCCAGAACACAAAUAGUUAAGACCUUAGGGAAUUACAAUAUCUUACAAUAACAACGUAUUUAGAUUUUAUGUGUAAAGAAAGGAAAGCAGACAAUUUUCAAAUUAUUUUUAGCUGCCAUAUGCUAUAUGGUAAUUUGUUACCCUUUUCUCUGUAUUUAAUGUAAAAUGCUUUGAUUAGAGUAACUAGAUAGAGCUUCAAUGUCUAUGAGCUGGACAAUACAUUAAAUAGAGUCUC